AUAAGUACUUUCUGGUUUUUGUUUGGUUGGUGGUUUUUUGUAAUGGUAUGAUCUAAUUCCUACAAGCUAAUUUUGGACUAUACUGCAUAACAAAUAAGCAAAAGCGUGCUAAUUCCCAGCUCAGCCGGGGAGCAGGAAAAGGAACGACUCGUCAGUUUCCAAAUGAAAAUGCAGAAACGCAAGCAGGGAAAAAUGUGCAAUAAUAAUGUGUCAAACCCUGAGGACCUUGCUCAGCUUCUGAGAGUUGGUAGAUAAUGCACCAGUGGGGAAGAUCUUGGUUUUAAUACUUUAAUGUUCUGGCUCCUGUAUUUAGUACAAAGGUAAGAUGCUGGCGUGUUCACAUUCUGUGCUCAGGUGACUGCCCUGUCACCUUCUGUGACAAACUGGGACUGUUUCUGUAGCCAAGAUGAUUUGGAUCAGUAGGGAUGGAAAAAAUAGGAGCUACAGCUUUGUGUCUGCUGCUGGAUAUAUAUUUAUGUACUUGCAGCUCCUUUUCAGAGGGAGUGUGAGCCUGGAAGGCUAAUGGGGCUUUGAUCCAAGUUUGACAGAUGAUGUUGAAUUUAAUGCUAGAGAUAUCUGAGGUUUCUUUUGAGCACGUUUCACCAGGUUCCUUCCUAAUUUACCAUUUCACUGCAGCGUCAGUGCUAUGUCCUGUUCUUCCUGCUUCCUCUAGCAGACAGGCACUUCUGCAAAGAACUGCAGCAAGCAGAACGAUUUAACAGGACACCUGAGCUGUAUCUGGCUGCCUGUCUGAGAAAGCCAAAAAGCAGAGAGAUCUCGUAGCAGAAACAUCUGAAUCUGGUAUUUAAGAGAAAACUGCUCAUGUUCUCAAAGCAUAAAGAACUGACACUGGGGCCAUUUAUGUACUUUAUUACAUCUUUUUCUGAAGGAACCCAUGAAGCAUUUCAUCCUCAUACCAACUUUAAAAAAUCCUAAUGAAAUUCUUCAGACAAUAAGCUGGAGUGUUCCCCUCUUGAUAUGCUUUAUCCUUUCCCAAACCUCUGUGGGUGCAAAUGUGAUUUGAAACAAACCUCAGUUUUCUCUGCUGUGAAGCUCUCACUUGGAGGGGAGGGUCAGGGUGGCAGAGGGCUGCAGGAGGAGGCGGUGUCCGUGCGGUUUGGAUCCGAGGAGGGUGCUCGCCUUCCCUCACAAGGGCAACUCUCCUGGAAGACUCACCGGCUUUUAACAGGCAGUUCUGCCAGCGGAGACCACACACUGCUGCUAGUCCACCGCUGUAAGUAUCACAUCCAGAAAACAAGGAUGCCACGGAGCCGCUCUGGCUCUGUUUCAGAGCAUUUUAGCCUCAAAAGAUUGAGGCCCUUGUUUCUUUGCUGCACCCACCCUUGAAAGACCACUGCCACCCCUGCGCACCGAGCAGAGAGCAAAGCCCUCCAGUGGUCUGCUCGGCUUUGGGGUUAGCUGCCCCAAUGGCUCCUUGUGUUACUUCCCAUGCCGUGGCAUGGCCAGCCAGAGGGACGGCAUUCCAGGAGCACCCCUGUGUCCACUGGGAAGGGUUUGCCAACAACUGCUCGUGUGUGCGCUGGCCUGGCAGGGUGACUGAUGCCUAACGGCUCGGCUGCCUAUGGGGUUUUAGGCACAACUUAGAGGGUGGAGCUGCCUUCAGGAGGAGGUGUGCUCCAGAAGCCGGAGCGAGUGAGUCUCUGCUGGGCUUUGCACACACUCCAUCCACUUGCUGUUGUGAAGGAAAUUCUUUUUUUAAUUUUAUUUUAUUUUUUUCAACCUGGCUGGACAAAAUUUUUAUUGCACCAGUGAAAUUCCCAAGUUGUUUCAUACUUCGAAGAGUUUUAAGAAUUCCUGGCAACGCUUUUCCCGAGGGAAGCCAUGCCCUACCACAGAGCCCUUCGCCUGGUCCUGCUAACGCUGUGCGGCAUCUUGGUCCCUGCUGUGCUGGCAGCAGAGCACCCACAGGGCCCGGUGCCCACCCUCUGGAAUGAGCCACCCGAGCUGCCCUCUGGAGCUGGCCCCAUGGACGCUGCCACCACCACAGCCCGGCUCUCGGAUGCCACGGCCUUCCCCCUGUACACGUCUGAGCUGGAGCCUGAGGACACCACUCACCUGCACCGGCUGGAUGCUGGGGACGGGUCGCUGGGACCCGGAGCUAUCGGUGCCAUUGUCAUCGCCUCUCUCCUGGGCACCUCUGUGCUUGUGGCCUUGGUCAUCAUCACGCUGAGAAAGUUCUCUGCCUCCUGAACUCAAUAAAAGAUUUCUCUGUAACACACA